CCAGCCUGUCCCACCCCGGUGAGCACAGCGAUACCAGGAAGCAGAGAAAUGCACGUGUUACACAAGCCAGGCAUUUAAGGGCUUUACACGUGAGGAUUUUCCUCCCUCUCCUGGGAGCAUAAUAAGAAAUGUGUGUGCAAUGAGACUUUCAAAAGGCAGUGGAAAGGACAGCAGUGAGAGCUGGCUGUAACACUGCUCCGAGCUCAAGCUUGACAUUGCAUGACCCCACCAACAAAGACAUCCAGGGCCGAAAACAAGGCAGUCAGAUGGAGGAAAAGUUUUGGAAGGAUCAUUACAUGCUCCUCAACAAGGAUGAAGAAAAUGAGCUGGAGAUUUUUGGCUACAAAACCCAAGGCUGCCGCAAGGCCUUGUGCAUUGCUGGAUACAUCUUGUCCUGUGGGGCUCUGCUGCUGCUGUUCUACUGGAAGCCAGAAUGGGAUGUGUGGGCAAACUGCAUCCCCUGCAGCUUGGAAGAGGCGGAUGUAGUUCUGCUCAGAACCACCGAUGAGUUUCACAGAUGCACCCGGAAGAAGGUGACCUGGAUUGAUUUGUCUGCAUUGCCACUGCCUGAUGGCAGUAAUUCAGAAUGUCCUCUCGUAGCUGAUAAAGACUCUGUUAUAAACAGAGCUGUAAAGAAGCCACAAUUAAAGGUGAGAUGUAUACGGGUGCAGAAAAUUCGUUACAUUUGGGACUUUUCUGUAAAACAGUUCAAGAGAGUUGGAUCAUUAGAAGACAGCAAUACAUGUCACAGCAUACACCACAAGUUUGGAGCUGGCCUGACAAGGGAAGACCAGAAGAUCAGGCAGCUGGUGUGUGGGCCUAAUGCCAUUGAAGUUGAAAUUCGCCCCAUUUGGAAGCUACUUUUUAAAGAGAUUUUAAACCCCUUCUAUGUAUUCCAAGCCUUCACUCUCACGCUGUGGCUGAGCCAAGGCUACAUUGAAUAUUCGGUGGCUAUCAUAGUCCUGUCGAUCAUUUCUGUUGGCCUAACCGUGUAUGACCUCCGACAGCAGUCUACUAAGCUGCAUGACCUUGUUGAGGAGCAUAACAAAGUCCAGGUUACAGUCUGCAUGAAGAGUGAAGGUUGCAAAGAGCUGGAGUCUCGUUACUUAGUCCCAGGAGAUGUGUUUCUUUUAGACAGAAAAAAGCUCUCUCUGCCAUGUGAUGCUGUCCUGAUUGAUGGGAGCUGCGUUGUGAAUGAAGGGAUGCUCCCAGGUGAAAGUAUUCCGGUUACUAAAACCCCCUUGCCUCUCAUGGAGAGUCCAAUGCCCUGGAAAACACACAGCAUGGAGGACUACCGGAGACAUGUCCUCUUCUGUGGGACUGAAGUCAUACAGAUGAAGCCAACUGGCAGAGGGCCAGUGAGAGCCGUGGUGCUGCAAACUGGGUUCAACACCGCUAAAGGUGACUUGGUGAGAUCCAUCCUCUACCCCAAGCCCAUGAACUUCCAGCUCUACAGAGAUGCCUUCAAGUUCAUCAUAGGCCUCUCUGCCAUCGGUGUGCUGGGACUGAUCUACACCGUGUGCGUGUUCACAUACCACCAAAAGCUGGUGGCAGAAGUAGUGGCUAUGGCCCUCCUCCUCCUCACCGUGGCUGUGCCUCCCGCCAUCCCUGCUGCCUUGACCACAGGCACUGUUUAUGCCCAAAGGAGGCUGAAGAAAAAGAUGAUUUUCUGCAUCACUCCACAGAGGAUUAAUAUCUGCGGGCAGAUCAACCUUGUUUGCUUUGACAAAACAGGCACACUAACAGAAGAUGGACUGGACCUGUGGGGUGUCCUCCCUUCUGAGGGAAGCCGGUUUCAGGAAAUUCACAAAUUUCCAUCCAGCACUCCUCUGCCCUGGGGACCUGUGUGCGGAGCCAUGGUGAGCUGCCAUUCCCUGGUGGUUUUGGAUAAGAAGAUUCAAGGAGAUCCACUGGACUUGAAAAUGUUUGAGGGCACGCACUGGGAGAUAGAAGAGUCCAACACGUCUCAGGAUGGGGCUGGUGCUCUUCACACCUGUGUCGUUAGACCGGGGCCGAAGGCCAGCAGCGCUCCUGUGGAAGGAAUAGCAAUCCUACAUCAAUUCCCAUUUUCCUCUGGAUUGCAGAGGAUGUCUGUUGUUUCACAGAAGAUUGGAGAGGAACAGUAUGACCUGUACAUGAAAGGAGCACCAGAAAUAGUGUCCAGCUUAUGCAGACAAGAAACUGUCCCAGCUGAUUUUUUAAAGGAGCUUAAUAUGUACACAAGCCAAGGCUUCAGAGUUAUCGCACUGGCCCAUAAAGUGCUAAGCCUAGGAAAGGACGUAGACGUGAGUGACCUGGAGAGAGAGGAGGCAGAGUCGGGGCUGGUGUUCCUGGGCCUCCUGGUGAUGGAGAAUCGCCUGAAGCAGGAGACGAAGCCUGUGCUGCGGGAGCUGGCUGCCGCCCGCAUCAGGAGCGUCAUGGUCACAGGGGACAACCUCCAGACAGCAGUCACGGUGGCCAGGAGCGCAGAAAUGAUUCCCAAGGCCAGCAAAGUCAUCAUCAUCGAAGCAAGUGAACCAGAGGGCUCCACUCCAGCUUCCAUUGCCUGGCAGCUGGCAGAAGACAGCAAAGCAAGCACAGCUGCUGCCCCUGUAUGUGCUAAUGCCCAAGAAAAGAUCAACUUGGAUGGAGAAAGCUGCAACUACCAUUUUGCCAUGAAUGGGAAAUCCUACCAGGUUCUCGUAAAGCACUUCUACAGCUUGCUGCCAAAAAUACUGGUGAAUGCUACUGUCUUUGCUAGAAUGUCUCCUGGCCAGAAAUCCAGCCUUGUGGAAGAGCUUCAGAAACUCGAUUACUACGUGGGCAUGUGCGGUGACGGAGCCAACGACUGUGGGGCUUUGAAAAUGGCCCAUGCGGGGAUAUCGCUGUCAGAGCAGGAGGCAUCAGUGGCCUCGCCUUUCACCUCCCAGAUCCCCAACAUCCAAUGUGUGCCGGAGCUGAUCAGGGAAGGUCGAGCUGCUUUGGUUUCUUCCUUUGCUGUGGUUAAAUACCUGACCCUGUAUGGCCUGAUUCAGUUUGUUGGUACUGCUCUGCUGUUUUGGCAGCUGCAAAUCUUUGGGAAUCACCAGUAUUUGAUACAAGACGUUGUCAUUACACUUCUGGUUUGCCUAACAAUGAGCUUGACUGAAGCUUAUCCAAAGCUGGCACCCUACCGCCCCCCUGGCCAGCUCAUCUCUCCUCCCUUGCUGCUCUCUGUUGUCCUCAACGUGUGCUUCACUGUAACCAUGCAGACCUGUGGCUUCCUUCUGGUGAAGCAGCAGCCCUGGUAUGUAGCGCUGGCCAGCCGGAGACAUUGCUCUCUGGGGAACCAGACUGUGCUCACCAUCAGCCCCAAGGGGAAUGGUACCAGCAGUGCCCAAAGCACUGUCCUCAGUUACGAAGACACGACACUGUGGCCAUUGACCACUAUCAACUGCAUCAUUGUGGCCUUUGUCUUUUCCAAGGGAAAGCCCUUCCGGAAGCCCAUCUACACCAACUAUGUGUUUUCUGUCCUCCUGGCCCUCCAGCUUGCAGUCUGCCUCUUCCUCUUUUUUGCCGACAUUGAUGCUGUGUACCGUGGCAUGCAGUUUCUGUGUACUCCUGUGGUCUGGAGAGUUUAUGUCUUACUGAUGCUCCUGGCCAACUUCUGUGUAUCUUUUUUCACAGAGGAUGUUCUCCUGCAGAACAAGCGCCUCUGGAUGCUGAUUAAAGCCUGCUUUGGGUACCAGUCGAAGAGCCAGUACCGAAAAUGGCAGAGGAUGCUGCAGAGGGAUCCAAACUGGCCUCCAGUAAACACAAAGGACUUUUCAGCCAAAUGCAUGGCUGAGGUUUACGUUAACCCCAGCUACGAGCAUGGGGACUAGGGGAGAGCCUGCAGCUGGGUACGGGGCUGCUGUGCCCGCACUGACCAGCUUGUACUUGCAUCACUCAGAUUUCUGAACUCCCUGAACAACCCCUCCAUUCAGAGGCGGGCUGGCUGUGCCCUGGAACAAGGGUGAGGAUUAUUCUCUCACUUGCUGGUAAAAUAACAGCUUUGACUCUACUCCAUGGCAACAGCAGCUCUCCAGCCUUGCCAGCACCUCCUACAAAGGCCCAGCAAUACUGAGCACAGUGAAGUGGUGGCUGCGGCUGCUGUUCCACCAGACCCUGUCAAUGCACCCCCUGAGCUAGAUGGCCCCGUUAGUGACCUAACCUUGACUGUAAUGAGGAGCAUAUGUGCAAUUGCAAAAUCCUGCUAUAAAUAAAACUCUGCAGCUUCCAAGCACUACGAGAAAAUUCCAUGAAUGAUGUAAUUCUGGUUUUCUUCCACUCCAGAGCAAGUUACAGCUGUGAGAGGGUGCACACGCUGUCCUGACCUAACCCUCCCUCGCCAGAUAUAACGUGCUGAGUGCCAGGAAGGUUUAAGCUCAGGCAUUGCAGCAAGCUGGGGCUGGGCAGGGAGAUGCCCUCCUGAUGGGGAAGAAGGAAAAGCUGCACCCCUGCCCACACUUAGCGCCCUGUCACAGCCAGCUUCUGGCCUCUCUUUGGUGUCACAUGGCACCGCCACUUUCAGGGCACACUGGGCAGAAAGCAGGGCUAAGCCACAGCUACCUGCUUUCACCAGGUCAUGCCAAGAGGCAGCCACUAAUGU